AUGGUGCUGCGUGCGGUCGUGUUCGAGCUGGACGGGGUCCUGGUGCUGCCAUCGGCUUCCGGCGCCCUCCGCCGUGCCGAGGAGGAGUUAGCGGUGCCCGGAGGCUUUCUGAGUGAGGCUUUCAAGAGAGGAGGCCCAGAUGGUUCCAGUGUCCGCCUCAUGACGGGAGAGAUCACAUUUUCCCAGUGGGCGUCGCUCCUGGAUGAAGACUUCAGGAAAUACUCCAAGGACUCUGGAAUCUGCCUCCCUGAGAAUUCCUCUGUAAAUCAAAUCUUUGGCAAGGCGAUGUCAGCAAGAAAGAUCAACCACCCCAUGCUAUGGGCAGCUCCUGCUCUCAGAAAGAAGGGAUUUACAACUUGCAUCCUCACCAACAACUAUCUGGAUGACAGCACCCAGAGAGGCAGCCUGGCCCAGCUGAUGUGUGAACUGAGGCCACACUUUGACCUCCUGAUAGAGUCAUGUCAGAUAGGAAUGGCCAAGCCUGAUCCUCGGAUCUACAGGUUCAUGCUGGACACCUUGAAAGCCAGCCCCAAUGAGGUUGUUUUCGUGGAUUCCGUCGGGACUAAUCUGAAGCCAGCCUCUGACUUGGGAAUGGUCACCAUCCUCGUCUCUGACACUGACACUGCCCUGCGAGAACUGGAGCGAGUAACCAGGGUGCAGGUAACUCUUCUCGAAACUGCAGCCCCUCUCCCAACUCCAUGCAAUCCAAGUGACAUGAGCCAUGGGUAUGUGCCAAUCAAGCCUGGGGUGCGUCUGCAUUUUGUGGAGCUGGGCUCCGGCCCUGCUGUGUGCCUCUGCCAUGGAUUUCCUGAGAGCUGGUUCUCUUGGCGGUACCAGAUCCCUGCUCUUGCCCAGGCUGGUUUCCGGGUACUAGCAGUGGACAUGAAAGGCUAUGGAGAGUCGUCUGCGCCUCCUGAAAUAGAGGAAUACUCCAUGGAAGUGCUAUGCAAGGAUAUGGUAACCUUCCUGGAUAAGUUGGGCAUCUCCCAAGCAGUGUUCAUUGGCCACGACUGGGGAGGCAUGCUGGUGUGGAACAUGGCUCUCUUCUACCCUGAGAGAGUGAGGGCAGUGGCCAGUUUGAAUACCCCCUACAUGCCGGCAAACCCCAACAGGUCCCUAAUGGAGACCAUCAAAGCCAAUCCUGUUUUUGAUUACCAGCUCUACUUCCAAGAACCGGGAGUAGCUGAGGCCGAACUGGAAGGAAACCUGAGUCGGACUUUCAAAACCUUCUUUAGAGCGAGUGAUGAGAGUAUUCUCUCCUUGAGCAAUGUCCGUGAAAUGGGAGGACUCUUCGUGAGAACCCCGGAAGAGCCCAGCCUCAGCAGGAUGGUGACGGAGGAGGACAUCCAGUUCUACGUGCAGCAGUUCAAGAAGUCUGGUUUCAGAGGUCCCCUAAACUGGUAUCGAAACAUUGACAGGAACUGGAAAUGGGGCUGCAAAGGCACGAAGCGGAAGAUCCUGAUUCCGGCCUUGAUGGUAACCGCAGAGAAGGACAUAGUGCUUGUUCCCAAGAUGUCCGAGCACAUGGAGGACUGGAUCCCCCACCUGAAAAGGGGACACAUUAAGGAUUGUGGACAUUUCACACAGAUGGAGAAGCCCACCGAAUUGAAUCGGAUCCUCGUUGAGUGGCUAGAAACCGAUGCCAGGGACUCGCCGCGGGUCUCGAAGCUUUAGGGCGAUGCGUGCCGGCCCCCAGCAGGCACGCCAGCACCUUCGUGGGCUGGACCGCUGCUCUGGGUGCCCAGACGGGGCCUUACCUGCGUCCCUGAGAACCAGCAGCCUGUUCCGAAGGGGUUUGCAACAAAGAGUGAUUUUCUUUAAAUAAAAGAGACAAAUUUGACAUAAUUUUAGAUAGAGAAAAAAUAACGUGAUUAAUUCCCUGGAUAUAAAUGCAUCUCUGUAUCUCUCAGCAUGGUUAGUGUUCUGUGGACGGGGGCAAAAUGGGAUGGCCGGGGUGAUUUCUCUUUGACUAACCAAUUCAUAAUUUUGAAGCAAAUUCAUGGUUUAAUCAGCAGUUAAUUUUGAAACAUCUCCACAGAGGUUGGAAUGGCUUUGCUCAAUAAAUCUAAGAUGAUUGUGA